AUGAAGAACCACCAGCAAGCAAAGUCCUGGCUGGACAUUUUGCAGGAGCAGCUCAAGGUUGACAUCGACUGCAUGGACCCAAAUGAGACACGGAGACUGCUCCCCUUCAAACCGCACGACCAGACGAGCAACCAGCGCCUUCCCUACGAGCAGAUGGUUGCCCCCGAAAACCAAGAGUUGUUUCUGGAGACGGCGAAGGAGCUAAAGGACAAGGGGUGGGAGGCUAUUCUUGAGCAGAUGAGUGCACAGCUCUGCGCAAAGCACAUCGCCAACAUUCAAGGCCGCGUCCUCCUUCAAACCUCGGCGUCCUACGCAUACGAUACCGAGAAGAUCGUAACCCAAGCGCGAUCCUACGCCCGUGAACUCGAGCGAGUCGGCAUCACCAAGAAUAGAAUCUGUAUUAAGAUCUCUUGCACCGGACCAGCUCUGGCCGCGAGUCACAUAUUACUAAAAGAGGGAAUCCGCACGCUGGGGACUUCGCUGUUCUCCGUUGCCCAGGCGAUUGCGGUAAGCCAAGCGGAGUGUCUUUCCAUCAGCCCGUACUAUAACCUGCCCUGGUACCACUCGAACCCCGACCUCUGGCCUGACGUCGAAGACCCAGCGCUCGAGCAUCCCAUGACGCCGAGAAUCAUCCAGAUCAUGCAGACUUAUCGGCGACUGGAGCGGGAGACGGGGAGGGCACAGCCGAUGCUGAAACCCGCUAGUUUCAAAUCCGCACGCGAAGCCAUGGCCAUGGGCGAACUGGGCUGCGACCACGCAACUAUCCCCGAGGAUAUUCUCCAACAACUGUCUCUGUUGCGCGCGGACACUAAUCCACCCCCUGGAUAUCCAUAUGGUAGUGCGCACAACGGAGGAAUCCCCGCCCGUCUCGCGCAUUUAGCUGACACUGAUCCCCUCGCUGGGCGUGGUUGGGAUGCAAAGCUGGCAAGGGCAGACAUCGAUUACCUAUCUGACAAUGGGGUGGCCUUGACAGAAACUAUUGAGCAGGACCCGGUUACAGCGCGGGGGUUGCAUGAGGCGCUUGAGGCGUUCAAGGCAAACGAGGUGCAGAGUAGAGUUGUUAUCGAGGAGGUUUUAAAGCAGGUAUAG